GUGUGUGGACUCCCCUUCGGCUUUCAUACAUUAUCAUAUAUUUUAGUAUAAAUACACAGACUUAUUCUCAAUGACUGUUAAGUAGUAGAGGAUUAAGUGAACUGAAUCUGUUCAGGCCUUUAUGAAGCAACAAGAUAAAACCAGAAGUUUCCAGCUUCUGCGAAUGCUUUUUUAUGUUUUAUAUGAAUUAAAUAAUAUUUGAUUUUGAUUUGUCGGUUUGACAAAAAUAUAAAUAUGUCACAUUGGCAGUGGUAACAUGUUAUUACAAUGAGUACAUUUACUCAAGUACUGUACAUAAAUAUAAUUUUUAGUUAUUAGUGAUGCAUCCAUUAGUGAGGCUUACACAAGAACAUGAACAUUAAUAGAAUCUUUCUGCAUCGGGUGCCGUGACUUUUGUUUUGUUAAGUGCAGUAAAAUAAAUGCUAAUACUUCUUUGUGACAUCAAAUAAAUAAUCAACAGUGUCACUGAUAAGAAAAUGAUGUUGACCUUUUUCAGAUAUUGUGAAUUGUCAUAACUGCAGAAACAUUAACAAUGUCUCUGUUAUAUAAAGUAAACUAUGAUAGAGUGAGCAGGAAAAAUGCCAUGACCCUGAAACCAAAGCAAAUGGAAUCCAGCCAUCAUUCAUUUUUAUUAUUAACACUAGUUUUGUUUUUUGUGUCAAUAUGUUUUCUGUGAAAAGGUUUGUACAAAACACAAGGUGAGACUUCUGCUUCUGUCAGAUUUAGCCACUUGUCAUCUUGGAUUAUGUUUUAUUUCCACUAUUACAAAAAAAGAGUCUAUUUUGGGACAAGGCUGGUGUUGAGGCUCUGGAGGUGAAUCUGGUUUGCCAUGAUGUCACCAUGGGAAAAUAGUUCAUGGGCCUUGGCCAUGAUAUAUUCAGAGACCUGAACCUUUCGAAUGGAUGUAUCAUUAAAAACUAUUUUCUGUGAAGCUGCUCACUGUGGAGGUGAAGGUUCCACCGUGAUGUCAACCUGGUGUUACUUUGAGGAGGUCAGGUGGGAGGAGCUAUGCAGAUGGAGCCAGUUGGACCUUAUUAGUGUCGUCUGUCGUCGGCCAAACUCACAGUGGACUGUUGUCGCUCUGACAGACUCCAGCACCCACAGCGUCACGGUCGACUUCAGCUUCCAUCACAGCCAACAGAGCUCGUUCGCCAGGGACGGAAAAUCACUUCUUGUGCAUGUUGAGGUAUCUGGUUUUGUGAACUGAGUGGAAUAUUCAGGGUAUUUAUUGCCCUUGAAUGAAGGAAAACUUUUUUCUUCUGUGAGAUCACCUUCACCUCAGCUGGAAGACUUUCUUCUUUCCACGUGGAGAUUCAAAGAUGCAUCUUGUGAUGGCCGUGAGUUCUCUUAUGUUCAUGACUUUAUUUCUGUCACCGGUCCAAACCAAGUUCUACAGACCGUUCCAGUUCAACCAGUACAAAGCUGGGCUCAGUCAGCACCAUGACCAAGGGAAACCCACCAGCAGACACAAGAACCACUGUGCUUAUGUCAUUGAAAAGACCGUUUCCUUCACCGUGCAGGACGGGGCCGCCCCCUAUGUGAAAGCAGAAUACAACAAGUGUUCCUGGGGCCAAAAAUGUUCAACUCUGAUGUAUCGACUGCUGUACAAACCAACCUACAAGGUGGCACAUAAAACCGUCACAGAGCUGGAAUGGCGUUGUUGUCCAGGGUACUCUGGUUAUGGCUGUAUGGAGGGUCCUCCAGUCUACCAACACCCUAUGAAACUGAUGCCGCCAUUCAAGGGCCCCCCAAUGAAAGGCCCACAGUUAAAGGGGCCACAGUACAAAGGCCCAAUGUUCAAGGGCCCCAUGUUUAAGGGCCCACCUGUUAACACUGCUGUGAAAGCCAACCCAUGGAGUCAACCCAAAGGACCGCCCACCAACAGCUUCACCUCUUACCCAAUGCGUCACUUUGGGCCCCCGAGGACCUCCUCCUAUUCAGACACCUCCUUUGAACCCUAUCCGCCUGAGCCAGAGCCACAGCCGAUGCCAGACCACCAGGAGCCGCAUCACCCAGAGCAUCACCCAGAACACGACCCAGAGCAUCACCCAGAACAUGAGCAUGAACAUGAGCCGAGCCAAGGACCUGAAGAACAUUUACCAGAGGAAAUUCCUCCUCCCCCCUCUGGUGUUGAACAGCCUGAGGCUGAGAUCGUAGGCCAGGCUCUUAACAGGGAGACAGACGAGCGAAUAUAUCGAAUGGAGGAGGAUGUGCAACGUCUAAACCAGGGUCUGGAGACGCUGAGGGGGACUGUGAAUGGACUGGAGGAUAGUCUACGAGCCUCUCUGAGAGAGGAUGCCAACAGGAUGCUGUCAGCGCUGCUCUCUGCUGCUCCUGUUCCUGCACCAGCUCUAGCCUCCAGUCUGUCCACUGUAGGGUUUGCAGAGAUUCCAGGAGGAAAUGCUGAGACAGAGGGUCUUGAUGGCAGACAAGUGUUUACAGGCCUCACAGAACUGAAUGGAAGAGUAGAGGAGCUCAGGGCAGAGCUACAAGCAAAGACAGUAGAGCUGCAGGAGCUCAAAGCAACAGUGAUGGGACAUGACGGACAACUGAAGAAAAUAUCAAACUUACCAGGAGUGGUAUCAAACUCCACUGGCAAUCUUACCCAGAGAGCUAUGGAGAAUCUCAUGGAUGCCAAGCUGAAUGCAGCCAGGACAGAAAUUCUGGGUGGGUUUGAGAAGCGUGUGGAGAAUGCCGAGGGCCGUUGUGAGGAAAAAGCUGGUGAUGUGCGUCGUCAGUGCCAGAGGGAGCAAGGUGAAAGGCAGGAGCAGAUGGAAGAUGCUCUGCAUGAAAGUACCACAGACUUGAGAACAGAGCUGAUAAAUCUCCAGGCACAGAUCCAUGGCUUCAAGGCUACAGAAGGCUGCUGUGGCAGAACGAGUGGACUGGUUGAAAGGGUGCAGCAGCUGGAAACAUCAGUGGCAGGCCUCAACCAGUCGCAGGGGCACCUGAGAGUGGAACUGGGUGCACACAAGGACCACAUAGAAGGAAUGAUGGAGGGGCGUCUGGGGUAUGUUGAGGCCAAGCUCAACCUGACUGGGCAGAUUGAAAGUGUGGAGACUGGAAGGAGGAGGGGUGAGACGGGACAGGGCCUGGAGGACAGAAUGGAGGGUAAGCUCAGGGAUCUGGAGGGACGUUUACUGACGGCUCUGGAGGAGCUGGGUAAUGCCACUGCCCCUGCACUGCUGGAGGGUCAUGCUGUUCCCGCUCUGGAGACAGAAGUGGAGUCACUACAAGAUAGACUAGAGGUGGAUGUGGACAGAUUACAGAAACACCUGAACAACCUUCAGACUCUCUGCUCCUCAUCCUGUUCCUCAACUCAAAGCCCAUCUGCCCUCCAGGGAGACUCUGCUGCAUCCAGUGCUGCCCUGGCAGAGGAGCAGAAUGUGAAGGAAGUAUUGGACAUGCAAGAUGAGCGUUUACAAACCCUGAAUGUCACACUGCAGAAUAUCUUGAUGCGUCUGAGCCUGAGGGAACAGCAGGAACAAGCAGAAGGAGAUGCUCCGAUCCAGGGAGAGCUCACAAUCCUCAAGUUUAAUGUUCGCUCAGUCAACCGCACUCUGAGAGGCCUCCAGAAUUCCCUGGGAACAGUCGUCCACCAGGUGGGUAAAACCAACAGCUCCUGGCAUGAGAGAGAGGCUCGUCUAGCCCAGCAGAUUAAGGGUGUGGUCCAGCUGGUAGGUCAUCAGGCUUCCAUGCUUGGGGCAGGUGAGCGCCGUCUGACCCGUGUGAAGGGUGAGCUGCACGAGAUGAAGAGGCGGCUCGCAGAGGAGGUGCGGGGCUGUCAAAGCACAGCUAUGGGCGUCCAGAAAGAGGUAACGGAGGUUGAAGGGCGUGUUGCCAGUGUGGAGGACCAGUGUAAAGGUCUGAAUUACUUGGCAGAGGACCUGGAGAGAAUCAGGGAGGAGCUCGAGAAACAAUCGCAUGGUCUUCUCCUGCAAGUCAACGGGACUCUCUCCAGCCACGCCCAGCAGCUGUCCGAGCUGAGAGGCGGACUCCAAAACUGCACCGAAAAGGUAGAACCAACACAACAAAGUCUAGAGCUGGAGGCAGAGCCGAGACGAGGGGACACCUUCACUUUCAAUUAGUUCAAUUUAUAAUAGAAGUAAAGACAAUAGAUUUUAAAAUGAAUGAAAAGGGUCAAAUAUUCUGGAGGUGUAGUGGGGCCCACUAAGCACCCGUCUCAUUAUUUGAAUUGUAAAUUACAAAGGUUUUGAACCUGCACUGAAAUAUGUUUGGUAUUGUUUGUUUGCUUACACUAUGAAAAGAAAAACAAAAAAGGCAGUUAAUUCUGCCUCAGAACAAAGAAUCUUUGUAUCAUGAAGGUGCCGAGAUGAACAGUUUCUUUCAGUGGACCAAGUGAUUGAGGGGAAACCGCAGCAAACUGCACCUUACUGUACUGAUUCUGUAAAGCGUAAAAAAAAAUUCUUAUAUGAACAACUUUUUAACAAUGUUUACAUGUUUUUGUAUUGAUUUUUCAUAUGUCUAGACUAGAUGUACCCAAGAUAUUAUGUUUUUAUAUGAUUUCAUUUUAUGGUUCUGCACAGCUCAUAUUUUAAUUGUAACCCUGUUAAAAUGUUAGCAUUUCAAGCUAUAAGCUGUUUACUUUGAAGGUUUUUCAUCACUGACGAUCCAAUAAACAACUUUCUUUA